AUGUCCCCCAGCCCGUCACCGCUCGCCCAGCUGGGCCAGCCGGGACCGUCCUGGGCCAGUCCGGGCAUUUCGGCAGCCCAAGGUCCCCAGCGGCCCCGCAUCACCGGCCCGCAGAGCCGCGGCUCUUCCCCGGUGCUCUGCUUGGUGCCAGCGGGGACAGUGUCCCCAGCACCUGGCACGGUGUCCCCGGCGCCCGGCACGGUGUCCCCAGCACCCGGCACGGUGUCCCCGGCGCCCGGCACGGUGUCCCCGGCGCCCGGCACGGUGUCCCCGGCGCCCGGCACGGUGUCCCCAGCACCCGGCACGGCGUCCCCGGCGCCCGGCACGGUGUCCCCGGCGCCCGGCACGGUGUCCCCGGCGCCCGGCACGGCGUCCCCGGGCCCUGCUGCCCUCCGCCCAAGCCGUGUCCCCACCGUCACCGCACACUCCGGCCCUCCCGCCACGAGCGGCUACCCCGCCGGCUUCGUCUACAUCUUCCUGGGCCUCUACUACGCCACGGGCCGCGGCAGCGACGUGCGCCUCGCGCAGCACCUCUUCGCCGGCCUCUACCUCCUGCACCUCCUGCUCGUCUUCCGCGUCUACUGCCGGACCAGGAAGGUGCCCCCGUACGUCUUCUUCUUCAUGUGCUGCGCCUCCUACCGCAUCCACUCCAUCUUCGUCCUGCGGCUCUUCAACGACACCGUCGCCAUGGCCAUCCUCUUCCUCGCCGUCAACCUCUUCCUGGAGGAGCGCUGGUCCUGGGGCUGCCUCAUCUUCAGCCUGGCCGUGUCGGUGAAGAUGAACAUCCUGCUCUUCGCRCCCGGGCUUCUCUUCCUCCUCCUCAAACGUUUCGGCCUCCUGGGCUGCAUCCCCAAGCUCUGCAUCUGCGCCCUGCUCCAGGUCCUUCUGGGGCUGCCCUUCCUGCUGGUGAACCCCGUGAGCUACCUCAGCCGCUCCUUCGACCUGGGCCGCCAGUUCCAGUUCAAGUGGACGGUGAACUGGCGCUUCCUGCCCGAAGACGUUUUCCAGCACCGCGCUUUCCACGCCGCGCUGCUCCUGGCCCACCUGGCCGGCCUGGGGCUCUUUGCCCUGCGCCGGUGGCACAGGUCCAAAGGGAGCAUCCUGGCCCUGCUAAAGGAUCCUGCCCAGAGAAAGCCCCCGUCCCCUCCCUUGUCCGCCAACAAGAUCGUCUUCGUGCUCUUCUCCUCCAACUUCCUGGGCGUGUGCUGCAGCCGCUCGCUGCACUACCAGUUCUACGUGUGGUACUUCCACACGCUGCCCUACCUGCUGUGGUGCACGCCGACCGCCAAGCUCGCCCACAUGCCCAAGGUGCUGCUGCUGGGCGUCAUCGAGCUCUGCUGGAACACGUACCCCUCCACGGUGUGCAGCUCCCUCUCGCUGCACGCCUGCCACGGCCUCGUGCUGCUCCAGCUCUGGCUGGGCACGGCCGCCCCGCUGGACGCGCCGCCUGCCCGGAGGCCCGCGCCGCUCCCCAAGAAGGUGCAGUGAGCGCCCCGGCGGCUGGGCUGUGGCAAGCGGCCUCUCGGACUGUCCCUCUGCCGUCACCGCUGCCCUGCCGGCUCCCGGGCUGCCCUCGGCCUUCCCGGGAAGGCCGCGAGCCCCAGAACUGCUCGAAGGGGGCAGGUUGGGGCYGCCCUGGUAGUGCCCCGAGGGGCAGGA